CAUGAUGUGAUAUAAUUUGUGUACAUCAUGAUAAUGGUUUGUAACACAGCUAGUUAUCAAUAUGACUAUUUUCCGAAGUGAAGACUGUUUAAAAGUGAUUAUUUGUGGAUAUUCACCAAGUAAGAAGGAAUCCACUGUAAAAACAGACUGACCUGUUUCAAAAAUGCUAUAAUGGAAAGUGAAGAAUUUGACUCAGAUCUGUUUGCGAAUUGGGUGCGAGGCACAAAAGGACUAGAAUAUUUACAGGAAGGUCUUCAAGAAUUUGUUGGAGAAAAGGUACUGCAAUGUCGUGAUAAUACUCUUAAAAAGAUAAUAUUGACAUUACCAUCUGGAUCACCACAACAGUGCAACCAAUGUACGGAAAAUAAUCUUUCUCCAGAUCAUUUCAACUCUACGAAGGCAUGUAGCAGACGCACAUGUUACCAAAACAGGCCAACCAACUGUUUUGGAAGCAGACCAGUUGGACGAAGGAAAUGCCCUGAUGGCAUAUGUAGUAAAUUUUACGAUGCAAUUAUAGAUGAGCAUGUAUUUAAAGACCCAUUAUGGAAGAACACUGAUCCAAGUACGUGGUGUUCGGAUCCUCAAGGGUGGAGCUAUGCAAAAUGUUUCCAAACAACUAAAGGUCCAGGGACAUCAGCUAACGAUACAGAUGCAGCUGGUCUGCUUAGCAUAAUUAUAAACAACAGGUCAAUACAAAACUUUGUGACCAGUAUUAAUCCUACCAGUUCGUUUCAUUUGGCGAGAGACACCCGAAAUAAAAUCUUACAUAGCUCAAAGCUUGAAAUCGACGAAACAACUGUGUGUUCUUAUUUGGACGCGUUCAUUGUAGUUCUUCAAGAUCCAAAGUGUCUGAUUAACGAUGAGGCAUCAAAGAAAGCGGUUGAUAAACUAACACAGUUAAGAAACAACACAAUACACAUAAACCAAGGAGACACAGUAUCACUUCGUCAGAUGCGAAAUAAGGCGUUGACCGAACUUGACGACAGAACAGCAGAAUCUUUGCGUAAACUCGAUGAGAAGAUUACUGAUGGUAUAUCUAAAAUAAGCACAGCCGGGGAACAGAUAUUACAAGACAUAUCCGAGGCCAAAAACGAUAUUGAUGGACAGAAAAGUGAAGCUAUAUCUGAAAUUUGCAAUUUAAAAAAAGACGUUUUAUCUGUAAUCACCAAGGCUGGUACAGAAGCAAAAGAAAAUGUUCUAAUUGGGGCUAAAGCUGCUAGGUCUGAUAUGAGCGGACAGGUUGUUUCAAUGGAAACCAUUUUCCAAAAAGUUCGUCGGAAGCUCAAAAAUGCGUUCAGUCCUUCAAGUUCAAAAUCACAUUUUAAGGUUGGUUUUCUUUCAACAAUUCAUAUUAACCUUUAUAACUUAAUCAAUCCAGUACAUUGUCUUUGUGUAGCAAUAGCUUUCAGUGCUGCCAAGGCAAUCAAAGAAAG